AUGAGUGAAUGCAGUUAUAAGCUCCCCAAACAUUUCGACAACAAUGAGGUCUUGAAAGCUCUUUGUGCUGAGGCUGGUUGGAUCGUUGAAGAAGAUGGCACCACUUACCGCAAGGGAUGCAAGCCACCUCUGUUGGAGCUCGGAGCGGCUUCGACCAAUAUCAGUUCAUGUUCAUCUAUUCAACCCAGUCCACAGUCUUUAGCCAACAUCAGUUCAUGUUCAUCUAUUCAACCCAUUCCACAGUCUUCAUCUUUCCCAAGCCCCGAACCUUCUUACCAUGCGAGUCCCUUAUCUUCCUUAUGCCCGAGUCUGACUCGUUUCAAUUCAAAUACCUCGACUCACCUCCUUCCAUUCCUCCACAACAUUGCAGCCAUAUCCAGCAGCACUCCACUGACCUCGCCACUUUCUUCCCCCACUAGAGGAUAUAAGCGCAAAUCUGACUGGGACUCCUUAAGAGCAACUCUAACGAUGAUGACUGGACAACGAGGGGUGGGCUAG